CCUCCUUCAGUUGUGGGCGUGCGCUUUGCAGCCUGUCCGCUUCGGCCUGAACAGAAUUAAACACAGCGCCAUGCACCGUUGUCUCAGAAGCCUGUUACGGGCUAGCAGGAACCUCGUAACAGUACAGAACAGUGCGAUCAGUAAACGACCGUGCCCGUUGGCCUGGUACAGAAUGGCAAGCUCUACCACUUUCAGAAUUGAGCGUGAUACUUUUGGUGAACUACAAGUGCCAAGUGACAAGUAUUAUGGUGCCCAGACGGUCAGAUCUACACUGAACUUUAAAAUUGGUGGUGUAACAGAAAGGAUGCCUAUCCAAGUGAUUAAGGCUUUUGGCAUUCUGAAAAAAGCAGCAGCUGAAGUCAACAAGGACUAUGGCUUAGACCCCAAGAUUGCAGGAGCUAUUGUUAUGGCUGCUGAUGAGAUCAUUGCGGGUAAACUAGAUGAUCAUUUUCCUUUGGUCGUGUGGCAGACAGGAUCAGGAACCCAGUCUAACAUGAAUGUGAAUGAAGUUAUCAGCAAUAGAGCAAUUGAGAUUUUGGGAGGUAAACUUGGCAGCAAAGAUCCAGUACACCCCAAUGACCAUGUGAACAAAAGUCAGAGCUCUAAUGACACUUUCCCCACGGCAAUGCACAUUGCUGCUGCCAAAGAGGUUCAUGACAUCCUGUUGCCUGGGUUACAGAAGCUUCAUGAUGCGCUUGAGGCGAAAGCUAAAGAGUUUAAAGAUAUCAUUAAGAUUGGACGCACUCAUACUCAGGAUGCCGUUCCUCUCUCUUUGGGACAGGAGUUUAGUGGAUAUGUGCAACAAGUUAAAUACAGCAUAGAGAGAGUAAAAUCUUCCAUGCCAAGAAUAUAUGAACUUGCAGCUGGGGGUACUGCAGUUGGUACUGGCCUCAACACCCGCAUUGGAUUUGCAGAGAAAGUAGCUGCUAGAGUUGCCCAGCUUACAGGGUUACCAUUUGUGACUGCUGCAAAUAAAUUUGAAGCUCUAGCUUCUCAUGAUGCUUUAGUGGAACUGAGUGGUUCAAUGAAUACAGUUGCAUGCAGCCUAAUGAAGAUUGCCAAUGAUAUUAGAUUCCUUGGUUCUGGACCUCGGAGUGGUUUGGGAGAGCUCAUCCUUCCUGAAAAUGAACCUGGAAGUAGCAUUAUGCCAGGAAAGGUUAACCCAACACAGUGCGAAGCAAUCACUAUGGUAGCUGCACAAGUAAUGGGAAACCAUGUUGCUGUGACAGUCGGAGGAAGCAAUGGUCAUUUUGAACUGAACGUUUUUAAACCAAUGAUUAUCAAGAAUGUUCUGAACUCUGCCAGACUGCUGGGUGAUGCAAGCGUCUCAUUCACUGAGAAUUGUGUGGUUGGCAUUGAGGCAAACACGGACAGAAUCAACAAAUUAAUGAGUGAAUCUCUGAUGUUGGUGACUGCUCUUAACCCCCAUAUAGGCUAUGACAAAGCUGCCAAGAUAGCAAAAACUGCACACAAGGAAGGUUCAACUCUGAAAGAAGCUGCCAUCAAGCUUGGAUACCUCACGUCAGAACAGUUUGAUCAGUGGGUCAAACCUCAAGAUAUGCUGGGCCCCAAGUAGAUAUAACAAAAGAAACACAUGAAAUUAUACCUUGUAUAAUAAAAAAGUAUGCAAAUGCACCAGUA